AUGGGACACUUUGUCCCCAUUGGGCCCGAGUCUGACCUCGACGAAGAAGAGCAAGUCAGUGUUGUCCCGGGGCCGCAGCUCGAAAACAAAACCAUCCACAUUCUAGGCCUUGGAAAUGUUGGGAAAUACAUUGCCCAUACAUUGGCCAGCCUUCCACACGGCCCCCCAAUAACGCUCUUGAUGCAUCGUCCUUUGGUGAUGCAGCGUUGGCAUGACGAGGGAGCAGCCGUAAGAUUAGUGAAGCAUGGCGAGCUUCAUGUUCAGUCUGACUUCAAUAUUGAGUCUGCUGCAGCAUUUCGGAGAGAACACCCUGAUCAAGUCUUUCCGCAUUUCGGCAAGAACCUUGAGCACUCCGCUGAGCCACCCAACACAGUUAUUGAUACUUUGAUUGUUACAACAGAUUCCUGGGCCACUCUCCCUGCGUUGGAAGCAAUCAAGCAUCGAUUACGCCAGACAUCUACCAUUUGCUUCAUACAAGAUGGCCUUGGCAUUGCUGAGAAAGUCAACGCUGGGAUUUUUACGGAUCCUGACAGACGGCCAACCUAUGUCCUCGGUCGAAUUUCUCAUCAUAUUGUCUCGACGGAGCGGCAUUUCACGAUUAUUGAGAAAGAGCCCGGAACGCUUCUUUGCUCGAAAUUGCCGCAGCGCUCGUUGGAUGUUACUGGAGAAGUGCCAAUUUCCAGAACAGACUUCAGUUGGUCUCCACAGGCUAAGCACCUGGUAGGCUCUCUGUCUCGUGCUCCAGAUCUCAACACAAAGCCUCUGGGCCAUAAAAGUUACUACAAAGUUCAGCUUCAGAACCUCGCUAUUGGAUGUAUCAUUGGUCCCUUGUCAGUGAUGUACGAUUGCUCAAACGACCAACUUCUGUUCAAUUACAACGCAUCUCUCACGAUGAAGCAGAUACUGGAGGAGAUUUCGCGUGUGGUCUGCUCACUUCCCGAAUUGAAGUCUCUGAGCGGAGUUUAUGAGAAUUUUAAUCUCCAAAAGUUGCAAGCGAUAGUCGUCUCAGCUAUCGCCAAAACGGGUAGAAUAGAGUCACGCAUGCUCCAAACUGUUCGCGCUGGCAAGAGGACAAAUGUUGACUACUACAACGGCUAUAUCAUACGGCGUGGUGCUGAAUUAGGCAUACCGUGCCCCAAGAAUGAGAUGAUCAUAAGCUUGGUGAAAGGCAGGGUCUCAGUGAAGAGUAAGGAGAUAAAUGGGUAUAUCCCGUUGUUAGGGAGUAACUAG